UACGGAUGCGUGGCCCUGUGAUGUCACCGCCCAGCGAAGUCAACAACAAUGGAUUAUUACAUCUGGAAAUCCCAUGAUGCUCUGCUGCGUCUGAGCAACAGUGGCAGUCUGCUUGGGAACGAAGAGUCAACCAUCCCAAAGACGUACAGCACUCGUCGGGGGCCUCUUCUUCUCUAUUCACGAGACUUGGUUACAAUAGGAACUGAAUGUCAGUCGCAGGAUUUAGACAGGAAGAGGCGGGUCACACAGCAGUAUAAGCAAAAAGCGGGCCACCGGUCUGACACUCUCAUUUUGCAUCAAAGGCAUGAACAGUUUAACAGGCAGUUUGCCACUCCUAGCUUACAUCCACAUCCAAACGCCCAGUAUGCAAGCGUUUCCCGACUUCAUGUCAUACGAGGGAAGCAUCCAGAGUUGCCUGGCGACCAUUGGGAAACCAGCUCCCAUUUGAAGGAUCCACCUGAAGGUGAAAAUGAAAUGCAGGGAAGUGACAGGAAGGUUUGUUUGGAUCUGGUCCUUCAGAUUCCUAGAGUUUCUAGUUCACAUUCGCAGAACAGUAAAGACCCCACAACUUUUGAAGAACCGCAAGAACUGCAGGUCAAUUUGUCACGUGCUGGGAGUUCACAGACCUGCAAGUCAAGUGAUGUGACCCUUGCCCUAAGUGCUGAAGAAAUACCCAUAGACUACCAAAGAUCUGGGAAUAUUGUCAACCCACAAACCUCGGGGAACUGGACCAACAACAGCUUGGUUCUUCCACCUCUGAGAGCACGACAUGCAGUCACUUCUGAAUCCAGCUGCCAGAAAACAAUUAUUGUAAGUCUAUGUUAACAAAGACUGUACUUCCUGGUUAUAUGCACUAAAAAAGUUAGAGACAUCCAGAGAAGAAAUCGUGAGUAUCUUAGCAAAAGGGUAUUGAGGAAUGAGAAGCAGCCUAGAAAGAAGGCUGAAGGAUGCGGUGAUGUAAGACAUGAAUGCAGAUGAAGAAGAAAACCCUUCAGGGCAAUAC